AUGGAGUCGGGAGGGAGCAAACUUGAUAAGCACUGUCUGGUGACUGUAGGCGCCACCGUUGGGUUCGAGCAAUUAACCAAGCAGGUCCUGCAGCCACCAUUCUGGGAGUUCCUCAAGUCGCAGCAGUUCACGGCUCUGCACGUACAAUGUGGCCCUGACAUCACCUGGGCCAGGGAACUAUACAGCAACCACAAAGGCCACCUACCCGGCGGGCUCGCCUUGGAAAUCUUCGACGUCACGAAUAACCUGAUGAGAGACGAGAUGACCCUCUGCCAGGCCCGCCCAGGGCGCCGCUUGCAAGGCGUAGUCAUUUCCCAUGCUGGCACCGGAACCAUCCUGGACGCCUGGAAGCUGGGGCUUGCUCUCGUGGUUGUCCCCAACACCACCCUGCUCAACGACCAUCAGACCGAAAUGGCGCAGUACCUGGCCAAACAGGGUUACGCGACCAUGAGCUCAGCCAGUCGACUUGACCUUCAAGAAGCGGUCCAUAAGGCUGCCCUUUUAUGGGAAGAGAACAAGACGACCCGUUGGCCGGCGCAUGAUCCGAAGCGGAAUGGAGGCGGGGCUCUUCGCCUCUGGGACAUCAAGCCAGUCGGACUCGAGGAGGUGUCACAAAUGUCUCAUGACUAG